AUGGCCGACAAUGACAAGUCAGAGACCUCAGGCGAGCCUCAAGGUCGCCACGUAAUCUACUGCGGCGUUUGCACUCUCCCCCCAGAGUACUGCGAAUAUGGAGGCACCGUGAAGAAGUGCCAGGAGUGGCUCCAAAAGAACCAACCCGAGCUGUAUCAGAGAAUCUGGUCUGCAGAGGCCCUCGAGGCAGCAACAGCAUCCCUAUCCGUAGACGCCCAGAAGCGAGCUGCUAAAGAUGCCCAAAAGAAAACUGCCAAGGCCGAGGCCGCCGAGGCGAAGCAAGCCGAUAAGCUCGCCAAGAGUACGGUCACGAUCAAGAGAAUUGAACGCAACAAGAGAAAGUUCGUCACGUCCGUGUCUGGCUUGGAACAUUUUGGACUAGAGAACAAAAAGGUCGCCAAGGAGUUUGGGAAGAAGUUUGCUACCGGCUCUUCCGUAACCAAAACUCCGAGCGGUAGUGAGGAGAUUGUCGUGCAGGGCGACGUCAGCGACGAGAUUGAGGAGUUUUUGCUGGAGAAGUACAAGGAGAUACCCGAGGACAACAUUGAACUGGUGGAGGAUAAGAAGAAGAAGUCGAGCUCGUAA